CUUUACCCCAUUUUUACCCUUUUACACACAAACAAUCCAUUGUCUUGCUUCAUCUCUUUUCUCUCUCUAACCCCCCUCUUUCUCUCUCAUACACCUCUCUCUCUAAUCCCUCAAUUUCCGCUCAUUUGUCUGCAUUUUUUCUUCGCCGUCAUCAUCUUCAACCUUUUGUUUCUCCCCUUCAUUAAUCAGACAAAAUAACAGUUAAUCGCAGGUAGAGGUAGAAUCGCCGGCGUUCGAUUUUGAUCGGUCGUGUUCGGGUUUUGCUCGAUGAGGUCAGUGGCAAGGGAUCGUGGGUUAGUAAUUAGGGCACCGGGUUAGAAUUUUCUCGUUAUGUUUGAGGAUGCUGUUUGGGCGAGAUUGGAUUUCUUGAUAAAUUAUCUUUGCUAAAUUGUUGGAUCACACCGUGUAAAUUAGGUAUUCGGGAAUUCAAUAACGUUGGCUCUGCAAAUUUAUAGUCUCGAGACGGGUUAUUUUUAAAGUCUCGGAUUAGGCUGAAUUUGCACCUUCUUUUAGUUGAGGAGCAUAUUUGAUUUUUGUUUUUGCUCGAGUCCAUUGCAAUGGAUCAUGUCGUGGGAGGAAAAUAUAAACUUGGGAGGAAAAUUGGUUGUGGCUCGUUUGGCGAGCUUUUUCUAGGUGUGAACAUCCAAAAUGGAGAAGAGGUUGCCAUUAAGCUGGAAUCUGUGAAGACUAAGCAUCCUCAACUUCACUAUGAGUCGAAAAUUUAUAUGCUUCUCCAAGGAGGGACGGGUGUUCCAAACUUGAAGUGGUAUGGAGUUGAGGGUGAAUAUAAUGUCAUGGUGAUAGACCUUCUAGGUCCCAGUCUGGAAGAUCUCUUCAACUAUUGUAACAGGAAGUUCAGCUUGAAAACAGUGUUAAUGCUUGCAGACCAACUAGUUUACAUAAUUGACUUUGGUCUUGCCAAAAAGUAUAGAGAUCUUCAGACUCAUAAGCACAUACCGUAUAGGGAAAACAAGAAUUUAACUGGCACUGCUCGCUAUGCCAGUGUCAAUACACACCUUGGAGUUGAACAAAGCCGAAGGGAUGAUCUGGAGUCUCUUGGUUAUGUCCUAAUGUAUUUUCUGAGAGGAAGCCUUCCCUGGCAGGGACUUAAAGCUGGCACCAAAAAGCAGAAAUAUGACAAGAUCAGUGAGAAGAAAAUGUUGACUCCUAUAGAGGUGCUGUGCAAAUCAUAUCCGUCAGAGUUCAUAUCUUACUUUCACUAUUGCCGUUCAUUAAGAUUUGAGGACAAACCAGAUUAUUCCUAUUUGAAGAGGCUUUUCCGCGACUUAUUUAUUCGUGAAGGUUACCAAUUUGACUAUGUCUUUGAUUGGACAAUGUUGAAGUAUCCUCAGAUAGGUUCAAGUUCCCGACAGAGGAAUCCCACUGGUAAUGCUGUUGCGGGAACUUCUGGUAAUGCUGCUGCUGGACCUUCUGGUGAGAGACAUGGAAGAACAUCAGUGGGACACGACAUUCGGGAUAGAUUCUCAGGUGCAGUUGAAGCUUUCUCUAGAAGGAACACUGCAACAAGUUCUGGUCGGCAUGGUGAACAUUCUAGACACAGGACAUCUGAAGAUAUGCCUUCUUCCAAGGAUGUGCAACUUGACUCGGAAAGAGGCCGAACUUCUCGAAAUGGAAGUUCUUCAAAGAGGGCUGCCGCCAUUUCAAGCUCGUCCGUUGACCCAGAUGGCCGCACAAGCAGCAGAGUUGUUUCUAGCAUCGGUCGUGUGUCCACUGCACGUCGAAGUCAACCGAGCACGGAUCACAAGCCAUCCUCUUUCUCUCGUGCCCCGCUUACUAAGGGAUCACGGGAUGAUCCUCUUCGGAGCUUUGAGUUCCUUUCUAUCCGGAAAUAG